AUGUUUAAUAGUGUCUGUUUCCAGCACUUAAAAAAUGCAAACGCGGUCAACGAUUACAACAAGAGCAAUUACUGGUUGACAGGCGAAAAGACGACCGCGUCAAUGAAGGAUCAUCAAGCCCACGACAAGAUCAAGCACGCUAUCUUCCCAAAGGAUCCCAUGCAGUUCCGUGCGAUGGUCAAUGGUAUGCAGGUAUUCUACCGUGUAGUGUUUGGGAAAACUCAUCCACUGACAGCCGUGUACGAGAAGUUUGCAAAGAAUGUGGAUUUGAUUGCACGCAAAAUGGGAGUGUCCCAGCAGGAGCGAGCACUUGAGCGAUUUCUCUUCGGAAUCUAUUGCCGAAUUGGUUGUUACUUUGAGCGUUUGGUACGAUCCGGCACAAACGCAGAAGAAAACUUACCCGACUUGGGCUCCUACAUGGAGACAUGCUACCAUGGAGGAAGUCUACCAGAGUCAAACUUGUUUGUCGUCGCAAAGGACUCUGGCGGACUUGGUGGAACAGGAGACAAGACUGAGAGUCAGCUGAAGAGAGAGAAGGAAAGGGCCCAGAAGAAGAGCCUGCUGGGCGAAUCAGUAAAAAAUCCUGACAUGAACGAAGAACAUCGCUACACCGGAAGAACUACUACUGAGUUAAUCAAACGGACAGGCGAACAGCCUCCAACGCACGCCAACAGAAAGGAACUGUGCCUCAUUUGGCACACAAAGGGCGAAUGCAAGGAGAACUGUGAACGUAAGCAUUCCCAUUGUAAGCUGACUGACGAGGAAGCAACCGCAAUGAAGGACUAUGUAAAUAAAAAUAAGUGA